GAUGAUGACGACGAUGACGACGAUGACGACGAUGAUGAUGAUAAUAACAUCAGAAUCGUCAGUCCACACGUUUUCUCUGGUGUGCCGAACCUGGACACACUGGACCUGAGCAAAAACAAACUGGAUGAUGAGUCGUUCAGCCAACACCCCCUGUCGAACUUGACCUUUCUGAAGAAGCUGAACCUAGAUGGCAACCAGUUUACCAGCAUCCCAGCACUGCCGCCAUCUCUGGAGGAGCUCAAGAUUAGCAACAACAAGCUCAGUGCACUCAGCCCUCACAGCUUCAAAGGUUUGAUGAACCUGUUGAAUCUGGAGCUUAAGGAGAACACUCUCCAUGAGGGCAGUGUGUCACCUCUAGCCUUCAGACCGCUAGAGAGACUUCUGGGCCUCCAGUUGGACAACAACCGCUUCCGUUCCCUCCCCCUGGGCCUCCCCCCCUCUCUUCAGGAGCUGGAGAUGAAUGGAAAUCUGAUUGAAGAGGUGACAGAGGAGGCAGUGAGGGGCUAUGUCCAUUUGAGAGUGCUGGAACUGAGUCACAACCUGCUGCAUGAGCAAGGCAUCACUACCCACGCCUGGAAUCAUCUCAAGUCCCUGGAGGCCUUGGACCUGUCCUACAACAAAUUCACCUCUAUCCCAAUGAAUCUGCCCCGUCGUCUCCAUAAACUGAGCCUCCAACACAACAACAUCAGUCACAUCGCCGCCUUCACGUUCCGCCACAUGCGGUCCAGCCUACAGUCCCUCCUUCUAUCCCACAAUUCCUUGAGCAAUGAGGGAUUGGAACGAGUCUCUUUUGUUGGAGCGUACCACUCACUGGGUGAGCUCCUAUUGGACAACAACCGUCUGGGUGAGGUCCCUCGCUGCGUUCGACAGUUCAAGAACCUGCAGGUGUUGAGACUGGACAACAACCAGAUCAGGCUGGUGAGGCAGUGGGGAGUGUGUCACCCUCGUAAUUCUGGCUCCACCUUGGCUUCGAUCCACUUGGAAAAUAAUCUGCUGGAUGUGGAGAGGAUUCCCCCAAAUGCCUUCUCCUGUCUCACAGAUGCUCAGGGACUGGUCCUCUAUCCACAACGGAGGCUCUCACAUGACCAAUAG